AUGGCAACGUUGACGAAUACCCAAGAAGACGUCAGGGGAGGUGGAGGAAGCACUCUCCGUGUUGAAAGCAGCCUUCCUCCAAAGCUCCCGUCGGACUUUCUCUCCGAUUACCCGAAGCUCUCAAACGAACAAGCUGGCUACCUUCGCCACUUCCAUAAUCUCGCCACCCAGCCUGACGGCGAAUGGCGUCACAUGGGCACGCAGGACCCCGGGCAAGAAUGGCUUGACGCAUACCGGUACCAACUGGCGGUCAUGGCCUAUGCCGCUGGAGCCUCGCACUAUCACCGGCUACCAGCUCUCCGAUCCGUGUUCAAACAACUCCUGGAGCAGCUGAUCCACAAGAUGCUGCGAAGGGAAGUCUGGGGCUACUGGUACCUUACCAGCCAGAGCGGCAAGUUUGUCGAUCCUGACAUAGUGGAAUUGCGGAAGCCGUGGUCUGACCCGAACAAGCAAGAGAAUAUCAUGUACUCCGGACAUCUUCUUCUCAUGGUCUCACUGCACGCAAUGCUGUUCGACGAUGACAAGUAUGAUGAGCCUGGGGCGCUGGAGUUCGUUUGGGAUCCGAUCUUUUGGGGAUUUGGGCCGGAGAAGUUCGCCUACUCCCGAAGCACACUGCAGCAAGCCAUCCUUGCCGAGAUGGAACGAGAGAAGUGGAAAGGGAUUAUCGCAAUGCGGUACAAUGAUGUGCGUCAAGGAACAGCUGUUGCUGACAAAGUUCUGAAUAACUACGCCGCAGCUUGGGGCGAUGAAAACGGCUUUUUGCAGGAAGACAAGUUUUUCAUCAACUGGUAUAUGGUGAAGCAAGAUCGUACCGUUGACGGAGGCAUCGGCUUUACCGCCUGGGCCUGCGCGUUCAUGAACAGCUGGAACUCCGAUUUCGUUCACUCACUGUUUCCGGCCCAGUCGUUGGGUUUCUUAACGCAUGCUCCAGGUGGGCGCAUCAACCUGAACAACGAAAAAGUGGCUCAGGCCAUACGAAAGCUUACUAAAAGUGAGGACGUUGACCCUUAUGCGUGGGACACGUUGGAAAAAGCUCGAAAAAUAGCAGCACACACUGAGAACAAGCCCGCGGGGCCGUUUCCGCAACCUCUGUUUGGAUACGUUGCGCAGUGGGUUUCUGAGGUGGGCGAUCAGUCAACCUGUGACGGACUCUUGUGUCACGCAGACGAGUUCCUCAAUCCAUCCUGGGACCAAGGUGGCCUAUUCUAUCCCCGCAACAACACUAUCGCGGACAACCAAGGAAACUGGACAUACGUGGACCCGUUCACGGGCAAUGCGGCUAUCGCGUAUGCGAGCCUCAAUGUUCCAGACGGCCAGAGAGAAAUGUGGCAGAAGCCGUGGGCAAAGGAACACUUCUCACAGUAUCCUUUCGUAGAUGGAAUCGGCUUGGAUUCCGGGGUUGAUUUCUUGCGAGGAGCGUGGGAGGGAACGAAGGGUGUGCUCAUUAUUUCCAUGCGCACUUGGGACGGAUCGAAGAAGACAUUGCACAUUCCUAUUCGGAAUCUUCCCAUUGGCCAGUAUGGCGUUUACAAAAAUGGUUUCCUUGUAGACACGCUUUACGUGUCCGGAGAAAACAUCAGCCUGGAAGUGGCGAUUGAUGUAGGGGCACAAGAAACAGACCUGGUUCUGUUGAAGGCAAGGUAG